AUUUUAUAAUCAAGUUAAUUAAAAGUUUUUAUUUUUGUUUAGAAAUUAUUAUAAGCAGAAUAUUCAAUGUGACACAUUAAAAUCUAAAAUGAGUGAGCCAAUGCAAGUGGAUUUUGUGGAUAAUGAAUCAAUAAAUAGAGACGAAUCUUUUGUUGUUGAAAAUCCAUCAUUGGAUUUAGAUUCAUAUGCUUCAUGUUAUGUUGGACUAGCAAAGCUUCAGAGAUUGAUAUUCAUUGCCAAACAUUGUCCAAGUUAUGCGGUUGAUUCUCUUCGGACUGCUGCUUCUACAGUGAAGACUACCCAUUAUACUGACAUGUAUAGAGAUAUUAUGCUUAAACUAAAUGAAGCUAUGUCACAUGAUCAUAGUGAUUCUAGAAAACAUUUUGAAUUAGAUGGACAAUGGGUUGAAACAACAAAUAAGAAAGCUCAAAUAAAGUUUGAUAAGCUAGAUCAAGAUUUGAAAACAUAUAAAAAUAAUUCAAUAAAAGAAAGUAUUCGACGAGGUCAUGAUGAUUUAGGUGAUCAUUGUCUUGAUUGUGGUGAUUUAAGCAAUGCAUUAAAAUCCUACUCUCGUGCACGAGAUUACAGUACAUGUGCUCAACACACUAUUAACAUGUGCUUGAAUGUUAUAAAGGUUAGUAUUCUGAUGCAAAACUGGGCACAUGUUCAAACUUUUGUGAGAAAAGCAGAAGCCAUACCUGAGUUAUUUGAGUGUCCUGCUGCUACUAAUGCAAACAUUGAAAAACAAAAAAAAGCGAAUGCUGUUGUAAUUGCAAAACUUAAAGCAGCUUUAGGGCUUGCAGAACUUUCUCAGAAACAAUAUAAAAAUGCUGCAUGCUCUUUUCUCAGUGUAUCUUUUGACCACUUAGAUUUUUCUGAGAUUAUAAGUGCACAAGAUGUAGCAAUUUAUGGUGGUUUAUGUGCUUUAGCUACAUUUGAUAGGGAAGAGUUACAUAAAAGAGUUUUGUCUAGCAGCUCCUUCAAGCAAUUUUUAGAGCUUCAACCACAAUUGCGUGAAGUACUGCUCAAAUUUUAUUCUUCUAAAUAUGCAACAUGCCUUGAUCUAUUAGACAAAAUGAGGGACAAUUUAAUGUUGGAUAUAUAUCUUUAUCAACAUGUUAAUAAACUCUAUACUCAAAUUCGUAAUCGAGCUUUAGUUCAGUAUUUUAACCCAUAUGUUGUUGCUGAUCUUCAUAAAAUGGCGGCAUCAUUUAAUACUUCCGUUGAAUCACUAGAAGAUGAACUAACUCAGCUCAUCCUUGAUGGUCAAAUUAUGGCUAGAAUUGACUCUAGUAAAAAGAUAUUGUAUGCUCGAGAUGUUGACCAUCGCCGUUCAACAUAUGAUAAAGUAAUUUUAUGCGGAAAAGAAUAUGAAAAACGUACUAAAGCUCUUAUUUUGCGAACUGUUGUGCUUCAACAUCAAAUACAAGUUAAGUCCGCCCGUGAUGACGACGCUGCUCGUUAACGAUGACAACGUUAACGUUAUGACGACUCGUUGAAGAAUUAAAAUAUGAAUAUUUAUGAUUAAUUAGUUUUGAAUUUUUAUUUAAAACAAAGCCGUCAUUUUA